AUGACUGAAGAAACCGAGCAGGUUGACACCAAAUUCGACAACACUGGCCACGGUCCGCUUCGAGUCCCAGGGUUCGCAGGCAUCCCGGUCCACUAUGAACUCCCUUCCAACGCCCGUUUUGCGCACGGAACGGUGGAGUGGCGACAGGCCCCCGCCGUCACGGCCCGCGAGCUGACCAUGGUCGCCGUGAUGAACCACCUCACCGAUCGGCCUGCGUGGUACGUGAAGAUCUUCGACUAUGAAGUUGUCGCGGAAUGGAAACAAGAGACCUUUGACACAACCCCACUGAUGAGCGAAAAGGCGUGGGAAUGGUGCGUAAAGGAGCUCCGCGAUAAAGCGGUUGAUCUCCGCGAGAAUCGCCAGACCCAUAUCCGCGUUCUUGAUACCGGAUCGUGCGUGUGCAAAGCAGAUACGGAGACUCUGGACUCUCUUAGUGCGGUGUUCAGAGGGUCCGUUCCGGCUUUAUUGGAGGAGCAGCAGGAACAGCGAAUUUUAGAUUGGCAGUCCGAAACCGUGUUGAAUGUGGUUGAUCCGUUGUUAUUUCCCUUGGUUUAUGGACGAAGCCUGGUCUUGACGGACGGAGGACGAGUGGACCUCGACGACGUGCUGGGCUGCUAUCGAGAUGCAACGGUCGCGCCCAAGCCUUACGAUCGACGGAUCAACUCCCAGUCCGUGCAGAAGGAUAUAGACAGGCUUGGCACUCCAUGCUGGGGUAUUAGCCCUCCCCAUGGUGAGAAGUCCGAGUUCUACCACUGGAGUUCCAACUACCAAUGCCUUCCAUGUGAGGUGGAAUUUCUCCACGACUUCAGAACGGAGGUGCAGAUCACCUCUUACAUCAAUAACUUGCACCCAGCUCAUAAGGGUCUAUACCAGGCUAUUGAGAAACUCAUCUCCAUGACAAUCAAGCCGUGGAAUGAUUGUCUGGUGAAGGGACAGAGUGGCUGGGAUGAUCAAUUCAACCAGGGGCAAUUGGGGCCGGUUCCCCUACGUAUCAUCACCUACGGGGUCGAAUGGGAGAAUGAGCUUCCUGAAUGGGCGCUCGCGUUUAGAAUACCCUUUGAACCCAGGAUUAAAAUAUACCGCAAAGCCCAAGAAGCGCUGCAGAGCAGCAAGGAUGACCAAACGAGGAAGGGUAGAAAAAAGCACCUCGACGCGCAAAGGCGGCUCAGCGGGCUACGAGAUGUGGCAGACAAUCUACACAAGAAGCUGCCUCCGCCGGACUCGGACCUCUGGCAAAGAGCCAAGGAGUAUCUAGAACUCCCAGAGGACGGCUCAAACACCCCCGUCGCAGCUCCAGACGACUGGAUGGAGGGGGAGGUCAAGCCGUGGCGGAGCAUUGAAAAUAAAUUAAAGCGUCUGCUGCGCUUUAAACACCCGGAACCGGGAACCGCUUUUUCGUAUGAAGAGUGGAAGACCAACCGACACAAAGAUAAAGCCAUCAUCGACAUCGUCCGUCACCGGAGUAACUGGGAUCCGGAUCGGCAGCCUUUUGAGCCUCUCACCCCUCCACACACCCCCUACACGAUCUCUCUCCAAGACACCUUCCGCGACCAAGGCCUGCAAAUCAUCAUAAAGAUGGAGAAUAUCGAACUCACCCCCAAAAAUCCCACAUACACCAACGACUCCUGGCAGCUCGACGGCCAACUAAACGAACAUCUCGCCGCCGUCGCCAUCUUCGCCUACGACGUCUCAAACAUCACCUCCCCCCAGAUUUCAUUCCGACAGUACACUACCCUCGACGGAGUCUACUACCAGUACGCCGAGGAAUUGUAUACUACGGGGGACUUCAAUAUCCGCAAUUUACGAGCCCACCGAUGUGGCAAAGGGGCCGGGCGAGAAAUCGUGGCAAUAGCGGAUAUUCUGGGAUUCGACAACCCUCUUGACCUCUGGGGCGAUUUUCACGGGACACUAUCAUACCAGAGUAUCGGGUCUGUCGCGACUCCUCAGGGUCGAUUAAUCACGUUUCCGAGCGUUUUGGAGUACCGGGUCGAACCGUUUCAGCUGCUGGAUGCGUCUCUCCCGGGGCAUUAUCGUUCAAUCAAGAUGUAUCUAGUUGACCCACAUUACCGCGUGUGUUCGACUCGGAAUGUGCCGCCGCAGCAGCAUCACUGGUGGAUGCAGGAAGCGGGUAACGCUCUUGCCACGGCGGGACUGCCUCGCGAACUGGUGGAUGAGAUCUUCCGUGGAACGGAUGACUGGCCGAUGGGAAUGGAGGAGGCGGCACAUCGCCGUCAGAAUCUGAUCAGAGAGCAUAUCUGGAAUGAGGUGUUUAGGCUGAGGCGUAUGCCUGGUCCGGGAUUUUGA